AGUAGACGCCUGUAUUAUCCAAUAGGAGGGCAACUUGAGGAAUCACUGUCCAAUCAGAAGAGAGCAGUGCGUGGAGGGCCGUCCCCCGUGGAGCAGCAUGUUCGGGAGCGCGCGCCGCCUACGUCAUGGGAUUGUCACCAACGAGACAGCUGGGCAACUGAGUAUGAAACUUGACUAGAGUUGGCAGUAAUAUCCCUCUUAAUUUCAUAUUUCAAGGUGGAGCAUCGCGGUGUCUAAAGGACUAUUUUUCCCCUUUAUAAGAUAAAAAAAUGGAGCCGUCAGCGCCGAAAAGCAAGCUAAAGAAACUGAGUGAAGACAGUCUGACCAAGCAGCCAGAAGAAGUAUUUGAUGUUCUGGAAAAACUUGGAGAAGGGUCCUAUGGUAGCGUUUACAAAGCUAUUCACAAAGAAUCCGGCCAGGUCGUCGCCAUCAAACAGGUGCCCGUGGAGUCCGAUCUGCAGGAAAUCAUCAAGGAGAUAUCCAUCAUGCAGCAAUGUGACAGUCCCUACGUGGUGAAAUACUAUGGCAGUUACUUUAAGAACACAGACCUGUGGAUCGUGAUGGAGUACUGUGGAGCGGGCUCUGUCUCCGACAUCAUCAGGCUGCGCAACAAAACGCUCACGGAGGAUGAGAUCGCCACCAUCCUCAAAUCCACCCUGAAGGGACUGGAGUACCUGCACUUCAUGAGGAAGAUCCACCGAGACAUAAAGGCCGGGAACAUUCUGCUGAACACAGAAGGCCACGCCAAGCUGGCUGACUUUGGUGUGGCUGGGCAGCUGACGGACACCAUGGCCAAACGCAACACAGUGAUCGGCACGCCCUUCUGGAUGGCUCCAGAGGUGAUCCAGGAGAUCGGGUACAAUUGUGUGGCGGACAUCUGGUCCCUGGGUAUCACCUCCAUAGAGAUGGCGGAGGGCAAGCCUCCCUACGCGGACAUCCACCCAAUGAGGGCUAUCUUCAUGAUUCCCACGAACCCGCCUCCAACCUUCCGGAAGCCCGAGCUUUGGACCGACGAGUUCACAGAUUUUGUGAAGAAGUGUUUAGUGAAGAACCCUGAGCAGAGGGCUACAGCUACACAGCUCUUACAGCAUCCCUUCAUCAAGAACGCCAAGCCGGUGUCCAUCCUGCGAGACCUGAUCACGGAGGCCAUGGACAUCAAGGCCAAGAGACACCAGGAGCAGCAGCGCGAGCUGGAGGAGGACGAGGAGAACUCUGAGGAGGAUGUGGAGGUGGACUCCCACACCAUGGUGAAGACCAGCUCGGAGAGCGCAGGCACCAUGAGGGCCACGGGCACCAUGAGCGACGGGGCGCAGACGAUGAUCGAACACGGCAGCACCAUGCUGGACUCCGACUUGGGCACCAUGGUCAUCAACAGCGACGAGGAGGAAGAGGAGGACAGCACGAUGAAGAGAAACGCCACUUCCCAGCAGGCUCAGCGGCCCUCCUUCAUGGACUACUUCGACAAGCAGGACCCGAAGGGCAAGGCCCAGGAGAACUGCAACCAGAACAGGCCAGAUUCCUACCACAUAGCCAAGAAUGUCUUCCCUGACAACUGGAAGGUGCCACAGGAUGGGGACUUCGACUUUCUGAAGAAUCUGAGCUUUGAGGAGCUGCAGAUGCGGCUGAGUGCGCUGGACCCCAUGAUGGAGCGGGAGAUUGAGGAGCUGCGGCAGCGAUACACGGCUAAGCGGCAGCCCAUCCUGGAUGCCAUGGACGCCAAGAAGCGCCGCCAGCAGAACUUCUGAGGGCCGUCCGGAGGGGGGGAGCCCCUCCCCCCCACACACCAGUACCCCGCGGAUCUCUGAAGUCCGAUCCCUGGGAGUGAGAGUGACCUGCUACCAGGCCACUCCCAUUUAUACUGAGCCUCUGUGUAAUUAUACAAACCACUCCUCUGCUCUGGGAUCCCUACCCAUCGCAUGGGCAUGAAUGCCUGUGGGUGCCAUUUCUUCUUUAUCCUGCACCCCCCCCCCCCCCCCCCGGUCCAGGGUCAUACUCGUUUUCCCUGUGGAGCUCUUGCCCUUCUCCAUCGGUGAUCCCAAAGCCCUGUCAAACGGUAGAGGUUGUUUCACACCAGUACCAUGCUUAUUCCCCUGGGUCCUCCUCGCCCUUUUUUGUCCCUUAUGAGGCACACUACCUGACCUAGCUCACCAACACUGCUGCACGCCCUUACAGAUUACAGAUGUCCCCUUUCAGCACCCCUGAACCCACACAUACAAUCACUCUGGUUUUAAUGCACAUGUGGUUUCUCGUUUCCAUUGUACAAUCUGCCUGUCUGUCACUACCAGCGUUUCUGGGUGAUAUGAAGCAAAGCUGUUAAUAAUUAUGCUAAUAUACUAUAUUUGUUAUUUAAGAGAGGGAUAGAAUAUGAAGUGUUUAGGGGGCAUUACCCCGUUUUUGUGUUUUCUCUCGUUACCAUUAGGUUUGAAUUUCCCCCCUCCAUCAUCUUUCACUGAGGUUUGAAUAGAUGUGAAAGACUUGGACUCCAGAAUGUUUGAAACCAAAGAGAUUCUACUGAAGGAUGCAUGUUACCAUGGUGAUGCAAGAUGGAUUGGGUGCCUUAAGAAGGUCUAAAGUUCAGUCUGUGGUCAUCAAAAGCACAGCAGGUCAAGGAGCAUCGGGUGAAAUGUAUUUAGGACAGUCCAAGAAACAUGCAAUAUUGAGUUUUGGAAAAUAUUUGGGGCAUUUACUCUGAUUGCGAUUUCCCAGCGCCCUUUGGGGACCAACUGAAACGUGAAAAAGUAAAUAUGCUUCCAGCGUGUUUCUGACCAUUCAAGGAUAUUUUUAUGUGCUUAAUAAACCCUAAUUUACAUUUGCUAAAAAGCAAGUUUUCUCCAGUACUCAUAAUGUUACGAAUGUCUUGAAUAUGUUAGCAUUUUGUGUUUUGUUCCGAGGCCUGCGAGUGCAUCCUUAGCCAGCUCUUUUCUAGAAACUUCCACGUUCCUAUGAUUUUACCGUCCUUGUUUUUCAGCAGAUCCAUACUUUGUCUCGUUACUACGCUGAGGAAACCCACAUUAGUUACUGAAGGCUGCGUGGUCCUGCACCUUCAUAUGAGAUCCUUCUAUAUGAAGAAACCUAUGUAAAAAUGUCAGCUUAACUAUUCCUGAAAUGUUUGAGCUUGCAGUCUAAUGCUUCCCCUGUUUUAACAGCCAACGGUACCAGUACUGAGGAUGAAGGCGGAGUUAGUUCUGUCUGAGACGUGAUUAGCUUAUCAUUAUAAGCUGGAUGCUGAACUGUCAAACAGACUCAUCGGGUGCAACCAGAUGGAGGCAGGAAGCUGGAUUUUGGUCACGAGCUGUUGCCUUCACGUUGCUAUAUUUAGCGAGACAGUUUAAGGCUGGAAACAAGCAGACUAUUGAAAAGCCAGUUUAUGGGGAAAUAAACUGACACUGAAUCUUCCCUGAUAGACACGGAGCUGCACUUUAUUGAGAUUUUUCUUAGCUCAGGGGAUAAAGUUCUGCUUUGAAGUUCUCGUAUUAAGUUCUUUGUCGAUUUAUUUUGUAAACUUUUUCUUUUUUAACCAAAGCUUAUCAUUUUGUGUGUCCUGCAGAUGUUUGAGUGUGUUGUGCGUUGUUCAGUCGUUCAGAAACCCAAACAAAACACACUGUUUCUAUUUACAGGAAGCAUCGUGUCUCUGUUUCCUGGCAGAACCUGCAGUGUUUGGGUCGGGCCGUGAGACGCGCUUAGCAAUAAGAUGCCGGAUUUUAAAUGAAUGCGCAGUAGGAAGACCUAUGGUGUCAUCCUAAAUGCAUCCGAAUGGCAUCAGCGGUGUCACAGCCGCUUUGCACGGCUGCCUAGCUCUGCACGGCUGCCUAGCUCUGCACGGCUGCCUAGCUCUGCACGGCUGCACUCCACUGGGGUGCCAGCAGUCACAUUUAAGGUGCAGCGGUUCCUUCGGCCAAGCAGCCAAUCUGGUCACAGAAUUUAAAUCCUGGUGACAUAUCGACGAGCUCGUAAUGUCAACUGAAAUUGGUUUUCCUGUCUUAGAAAUAAAGACUUUGUCUGUAAGACCGAUUUACAUACAUAAAGAUAGAUGAUUACUGGCAGGAUGGUCCUGGGUAGUUCUCGUGGAUUAACAUGUUAAAGGAAAGAGUGCUUUAAGUGAUCUUUCAGCUUUAUGACCCAUAGAGUGACAUUUAACUGCCCCCCCCCCUUUCAUACUUUAAAGGGGAUCACAGAUCCCUGCUGCAAUUAUGUCAGCUUCCUGUAUAUUACCAUUGUUAAUCUGUUUGUACUUAAACACGGACUUCUGUCUCAUUAGGCUUCUAGACAUUUUCUCUGUUGGUUGAAUCUUGUUAAUGCCAAGUUUGUCUGCUAUAGUGAAGGUGUAACGUGAAUCAGCCGUCAAGCAGGAGAGAACAGAAAGCGUGUUUCUCAGAGGCUAUAGCAAAGCCCCCCCCCCAUCCUAAUUCUCAGAAGCAGUGAAGGUGGAGUUUCUCCAUUUGACUUCUGAUCAACAGUGGCUCUAAAUAAGGUCUUUCUGUCUCAAAUUUUUUUUUUGUCAAACAUGCCUAUGUUGUGAUUCCUGGUUACCUGCAUUUAAAGAUGAAGAAAGUUCAGCCUGAAAAUGGUCCCUUUUUCUGGAUUCAGCCCAUUUAAGAUUAAAAUGCAAAAGCUAGAAAGCAACACACACACAGCCGUUAUUAUUUUGAGGUUCUGAGGUGUAGCCAGACUCUGCUCCUCCCCGUGUCAGUUCUGCCGGUUGUAAAUAGCUACUUUUGGUUUUUGAAAACUGCCGACUAGAUGCACUGACAGGCCGUGGGAAUUUUUGGAACAGAUUUGUAACCUUGUACUGAACAUGCAUAACUUAUUUUAUGAAAUGUAUUUUCCUACGAAGCACAUUAAAACCAUAGCUCAGUUGA